AUGAUGAUGAAGAGGAGGCAGAGGAUUAUGAUGACAACACCUCCUGAAUUUCCUGACAAUGAUAAUGUUAUUACUGCUUCUAUUCCCAGUCCCCGACCUAGUCCUGAAUUAUUAGUUAUCCCAUCAGCUUACAUUAUGCGCCGAGCUGAAGCCAUACUCAAGGUUCUCUCUGACAAUACUGCUGCUUCAGAGACUGAGAUUCGUCAAGUACUUGGUGACAACCCUACCACCAGCAAAGCUCUAAGAAUUGAGUGCUGCUUUCCAGUUAAAAAUAACAUGUUGAAAUGGAACUGCACACCCGAUGUUGUGUCAUAUAAUGCCAUUAUAGAUAUUAUUUGUAAAGGAGGUUUACUUGAUCAGGCUUUGUAUCUGUUCUCUGGAAUGCUUCGAGAUUUGAAUGUUGUACCCGAUGUAGUUGCUUACAAUAUUUUGAUUAAGGAGUUUGGAAAUUUAGGACGGAUAAAGGAGGCAAAUAAACUCUUUGAUGAGAUGCAUGAUGAAAUGAUGGAUCUAGGGAUUUCACCCAAUACAGUAACUUUUAAACUCUUAAUAGAUUCACAUUAUAAAGAUGGGAUGGCGGAGGAUGCUUGGGGAUUAUUUGAAUUGAUAGACAAGAUAAAAAUCUCACCUGAUCAGUUUAUUUAUGAUUCAAUGAUGAAUGGUGUGUGUUCGGAAGGUUAUCUGGAAGAAGCAGUUAAACUGUUUAUGUCGAUGGUGGAUAGGGGUCUUGGGCCAUAUGAGUUUAGCUAUAAUAUAUUAAUUGAUGGGUAUUGCAAGAUCCAUAAGUCCGGAUAA